AUGGAUGCGUUAUCACACCCUGGUCGGCUUCAGGUGGUUACUCGAGGAGCCAAGCGAAAAGCAAGCGAAUUGCUAGAAAGCAUUACCACCAUUGCCGAACAACCAACCCGGAAGGCGAAACUACCCUAUCUGCCACGGUCCUAUCGACCAAGAGUGGGCACCACCAACACCACCACAUCCUCCUCCAGUCCGACCUCAACCUCCCCAACGACCAAACAAUCCUUCAACCACAAUAGUACGUCCCCGAUCUCUCCUCGAAUUCCUCGUAACCCUCCAACACCCAUAACCACCCAACCCCACCACAUCCUCCAAUCCCACCCCUCUCACACCCGCAAACUCACCCUCCGUACCCGCGGCCUCAUCCCACUCCCAUUCUCUCCCACACUCAAAGAUACGCGUCUUUCCCCAACUUCCCACGCCCUCCUCCUCAAGAAGGCUUCGCACCUCUCACAAUUUGGGCCCAUCAUCCCUCCUCGCGCUUUUCGACGACAUAAAGCUACUACGGUAGACGCCACGCUGGCGUUUGCGCAAUCGGAAGCUGGUACGGCGUUUUGUAUCAGGGAGGAUGGAUUGCUGUUGACGGCGGCGCAUUGUGUGGCGGAGACGACGGGGGUGGAGGCGGUGGGGAGGGUGGUUUGGUUGGUUAUGCCGGUGUCAGAAGAGGAAGAGGGUGAUGGGGAUGGAGGUGAUCGGAAGGAUGGGCAGGGGGGUUCGGGAGUAAUAAAAAAGGGUGGACGUGGACAGUUGGGGAGAUCAAGAUCAAAGUCAAGGAUCAUAGGUGCCAGGUGUAUAGCGUGGGAUCUGGGAAGGGAUCUGGCGCUUUUGAAAGUUACGCACGCUCAGCUCCAGCCAGAGGAGGGUGGUAAGAUACCUUCUUCUUCCAGGAAAGGGCAAGGUAUAGGGAACUUCCCCUGCGUCAAACUACCCCCACCCGGAUCAGGUAGAAAAGAGCCCCCCCUCGACAUUCCCCUUGUAGCAAUCGGCCACCCGGCCGACGAGCAUCCGGACGAUCCGCCGGGCGUCAAGGUGUACGGGUCUGAACACCGCCGGGUCUUGCAGCUGUCUUCGGGACGAUACCUCGGGAUUGCGCCAGAUAAAGUCAGCAACCCGCAGGAUAACUACGAUACGGGCGCAAUGCAGCAUGAUUGCUGGACGUGGUGGGGGUAUAGCGGCGGACCGGUCUUUGAGCGGGAUUCGGGAGUGUUGGUGGGCGUUCAUGUGGAUUGGAACCCGGAGGAGCCGUUGGUGAAGAGGGCGGUGCCGUGGGUGGCUGUGGAGGGGUUUUUGGAGGAGAAUGGGUUUUGGAGUUGA